AUGUGUUUGUAUCCAAAAUUAUUGGUGGUGAAUCCUAACAGCACCGUGGGCAUGACCCUUGAAAUCCAGGAAAAUGUUGCUAGAUAUUUUAAAUUAAAGAAGAAGCAAGAUAUUCUUUCAAACAUCAUAUUCUAUACUGGCCCCUCAGAAUCACCAAAACAAAUAUCCGGUAAUGAAACAAGUUUACAAAGUUUAAAUGCGUGCUUACCUGAACUAACAAAUCCUAAAGGGAAGCAUUACUUCAAUAAUUUCAAUGGCAUUUUGAUUGCUUGUUUUUCGGAUCACCCUCUUGUCAAUGCUUUAGCAAAUCAAGCCAACAGGGAAAAUAGUAAUACCAUUGUGGUCGGGUUGUUAAACACGAGUAUUAGUUUUUGUUCACUGUUUCAGACCAAGACAUUUUCAGUGUUAACCUCUAAUAAUGAAUGGAUGAACAUACUGAAUGAAUCCGUUGAAGGAAAGUACCUAACAAAUAUCUCCAGAACAUUAUGGAAAGGAACGGUUCCAACAAAUCUCGAUGUUCUUGAUUUGCACAAUCAAAAUAAUUAUGAGGCUAUUGUCCGUAUUAUUAAAUUGAAGAAUCUGGAAGAAUUGAAGUCCAAUUUCAUCAUUCUUGGAUGUGCGGGGUUUUCAUCAAUUUACCCGAAAUUAGAACAAACUUUUAAGAAUGAUUCAACCGUACAUUUCAUAGAACCAGUCACUCUGGGUAUCGAAAAUUUGCUGUACCUAUAUGCUGGUACUCUGUAA